CAACAAAAUGUUUAAGCUUUGUCACGAAACAAUAUGCGCCAAAGCUGUUUAGUUUCUGACAUCUCUGAGAAAUAUGUGACAUCUUCGUCAAAUUUAGAAAAAACUUCUGGAAAAACUUUCCAUUGAAGACCAACAAAAUGAUUAAACACCAGUUUAUUGAAUCUCUGAAGCAAACACUUGACACCGGGGACCGAGAAAUCCGAACGUGGUUUCUGGUGGAAAAUGACUACCUGCCACUUAUCCUCACCGCCAUAUACAUCUCAUUUGCGACUGUGAUCGGCCCUGCUCUGAUGAAGAACAGGAAACCAUUUGUUCUGAGGAAGUUGAUGAUCGUCUUCAACUUGGCAAUAGUCGUCAUUUACACAAUAAAUGUAUACACGAUAUUCGUCAAUCUUCCAUAUCUAGGAAUGCACAAAUUUUGCAAAGGAACCCCGUUUAAAAAGGGAGACCUAACGUACGAGCUUACAAGUUGCUGCUGGGUAAUCUACAUUUUGAAAUAUGUUGAAUAUAUGGAUACUGUGUUUUUCAUCUUAAGGAAAAAGAAUCACCUAGUCACAUUCUUGCACGUUAUUCACCAUUCUGUAGUGCCGGUCUUCGGAUGGGUCAUGCUUAGAACAGAACGAAGUGGUUUCCAGACUAUUCCGGUGCUGCUGAAUGCUUGCGUUCACAUCAUGAUGUAUUCGUAUUAUGGUCUGGCAGCUAUUGGACCACAAAUGAGGAAAUACUUGUGGUGGAAAAAAUAUUUAACUCAAAUUCAGAUGGUUCAAUUUGUUCUUAUGAUCCUUUUCGUGACAGUCAUAGCUCCUCUAAGUGGGUGCACCAUGAUGAAGGCCAGUUUCGCCAUAGAUUUCAUUGGAGCUGGCAUGUUUUUGGUCCUGUUCUACAAUUUCUAUAAGAACAAUUUCCAGAAGAAAACUGCCAAGAUAAAAGAUAUUCUACUUUUGGAAAAGUUCCAUCAACAUUUGGAAUUCAACCGAAAGUUAGAUAUAAGACAUCCAAUCGUUCAAACAUGGCCAUUUGUAAGGCCGGAUUACUUACCAUUUCUUAUGACUGCUUCAUAUUUGCUUUUUAUAAAAGUCAUCGGUCCUCAACUCAUGAAAUCACAAAAACCAUUUGGUCUCCGGCAUUUGAUGAUCAUUUAUAACUUUUGGCUUGUUAUCAUGUACGUUGGAUGCGUGGCUACUAUCUUCUACGUAUUUGCUACAACAGAUAUGCUUUCUGAACUUUGUCGGAAAAGAGAGCUUUCUCAAAAACCACAUUUUUACAAGAUUGCGUAUGCUGGUUGGAUAAUAUAUCUGUUGAAAUACGCUGAAUAUGCCGAUACGGUAUUUUUCGUGCUAAGAAAAAAAUAUCAUCAAAUUACGAACUUGCAUUUAAUACAUCACGCAAUAGUUCCUAUUGCUAUAUGGACUGGUUUACGAACAGAAACUUGUGCUUUUCAAAUGAUUCCGGUCAUCAUCAAUUCCCUUGUUCAUGUAAUAAUGUACUCAUAUUACGGAUUAGCAGCAUUGGGUCCAGAAAUUCAGAAAUAUUUGUGGUGGAAGAAAUACAUUACUCUUAUGCAAAUGGUACAGUUUGUCGUUAUUAUGCUCAUCUACGCAGUAGCACACAUGAUCAACUGUGCGACAUCAACGAAGAUCCUUUAUUUUGGUGUUUUUCUCACAAGUCUCUUUCUCAUCCUUUUUGCCAACUUCUACAUUCAAACGUAUCUGAAAAGGACGGUAAAAAAUACCAAAGUGCAACAUGAAGACUGAAAAACGACUAAAUACUUACAAGAAAGUGAUGCAGAAAAUUAUACGGGGAAAAAAUCAACGUAUAGUUUUUGAGGGAAUGCCGAAAUACUCAGCAAGCACCACUAGAUUUUAAAAAAAAAAACGCACUAAUGGGACUCGGAAUUGAAUAGUUUAGAAACGACCCUCUUGACUUUUCCUUUUUUUGCGAAAACAUUAUCCAGCACACACUACCCAGCAUUCAGAAUAUAACAUCCAGCAUGCAGCACCUGGCAAUCAUUUGAAUUUUGACGUCUUGAAUUCAAAUUAUGAUAGCAAUAAAAGCCAUUAGUAUAAACAAGAAACACAACUAGUAGGGUCCUAUCGCAAUUUGAGAUUGCAAAAAACAUAAUUAGAGUUCAAGAUCUUAAAAUUAAAAAAAAAAAAUAGGGGGGUUUCUAUAUGGGGGGUUGCUAAGAAAAUUGGACCUUUCUGUGUUACGACUCGAUGUUCUGUGCGGGAACAACGGAACCUGAAAAUGGUACUGUCCCGUUCAAAACAGGACGCAUGGCCACCUACGUAUGCAGUGAGAGCCUGGAAACUUAUUAUCACUGAAAAGCUGACUACAGAAUUUUGCGUACGAUGCGGUCGCCAUGCUCGUCCUCCUCCUCUGACAGAUCUGAGGCAUUUCAAGCUGGAUGGAAGAAUCUUUGAAUGUUUUCUGUAUUCCAUGGAAUUUUCACAAUUGCUGCAUAUUCAUAAAUAAAAAAAGCUAUUUUCCGUAUGUGUUGCUGUUCCUCUGAGUACUUGUGCUUUUUCUGCAAGCAAUUGUUUACCGCUUGAGAGUUGCAUUCCAACCACAAUCAAGAAAACUAAGAAUUGUGUAUAUCCAA